AUGGAGGUUGGUGCAAGUGCUGUGACAUUUGGUGUCCUUGCCGUUCAAGUUGCCAAUGGCAUCAAGAAGACGUGGGAAUUCUGGGAGUCGGUGAAAGACGCACCGGAGGAGGUUUACUCUAUGAUCACCGACCUCAAGUCAUUAGAGACUACCUUCAAUGAGAUAGCCUAUGAUGGAUGUCAUACGAAAGACGACGCAACUCUUACCAGCGCCUUGCAGAAUUGCAGUUCCAAAGUCGAGAAGUUAUACGCGGACUCGAUAUUGGACAGCAAUCAAGUCAGUCUUAAUGAAGGGAAAGCUCAAGAAGUUUAA